GUUGGCCAAUCAAUCCACUUCCUGUUUGCUCUUUCUACCCCAGCAGUGCUGUUUCCUGACUGGGCCUACAAACCGGCCUGGUCACCCGGAUCCAGGCAGGUCCAGCUCUGGCACUUCCUGCUGGAGCUGCUGGGCCGAGGCGAGGGCGGCGCCAUCGGCUGGGGAGGGGAGUGGGGCGAGUUCGUCAUCCGGGACCCUGAGAGGCUGGCCAGGCUAUGGGGGGAGAGGAAGGGCAAACCACACAUGAACUACGACAAACUCAGCCGAGCACUCAGAUACUACUACAACAAACGCAUCCUGCACAAGACCAAAGGGAAAAGAUUCACCUACAAGUUCAACUUCAGCAAACUCAUCCUGGUCAACUAUCCAGGCUACCCUCCACCUCCACCUCCAUCACAUCAGCUGGUCCAGAACAGCCAUCUUUCCUUCCCUCUCCUCCCUGCUGACAGCAGCCUUCCUCUGUGUGGAGGUGCAGGCUCAGUGAUGGACAGAGCGGCCCAGCCCCUGCCUCGCCCCUUCUUACUCCCAUGCUGCCUCCCCAAACCGAUGCCGAUGCCCCGGGCCCUCCACGGCCCUUUCCCCUUCGUCUCCACCCCUGCUGCUGUCGCUGGGGUGGGCCUGAGGGAACCGGGCCUGAACGCUAACGUCUGGCCGCACAAGAGCCCCUCUGGAUGGGAUCUGAACCUCCACGUCAAUCCGAGCCUGUUCAGUGGAGCGAAACAUAUUGAAACUGAAGGAGAGGCAACCAAGAUGAGGAACGAACUACAACAGAUGGACUGACUCCUCUUUUCUGAGCUCAUUGUACAGUAGUUUAUUAUUCACAGCCUGGAAAAUACACAGACUUUGUAUUUAUUAAGUUGGAUUGUGUUGUCGUCUUCUCCCCCCCCCCCCCCCCCCCUUCGGAUAGAAAUAUUGAUAAAGCUGCUCUUGACUGUCGUCUCUUCACGCCACAGUGAGGGAAUGGAGCUUGUAAACAAUUAACAACAUGGCACUUGUGUUUGAGUAAAUAAAGCAGCGCACUCAGCCUACAUUAUUCAGCGAUUUGUCUUGCAUUUCGCCCUCCUGCUUCAUGGGCUUCAUGAAAACAAUACAAGAUACGAGCAUAAAUGAUGCAUCCAGACAGACAGCGGGAGAUUUUCAUGUAAAAGGAGCCGUCAUGUCAUCUCUGCAGAACCAGGACCAGCCGCCGGAGGCUGCAGUUUCCACUCCGACACGCCAGGGGGCAGUGGCGCCUUUAACUUACCCACAACUUUCCCGCAACAGACUUUUCCCGGGAGAGAGUCACAGCAGAGAGGAGUAAAUGAAGACGUGCCACUCUGAUUGCAUUUUUGAGUACCAAUACUGUUUAAUAAUUUAAAUAAAAAUAUUUUCAUACA